AUGUAUUUUAGUUUAGUUAAUAGUAGUAGUGUCUCAAUGACUUGGACAUUAUUUGGAUUUGAUGCAAAGGGGAGAGUAUUGGUAUACUUGGAUUGGUUGAGUUUAGGACCAGUGUUGCUGCAACCAUGGAUGGCAAUGACGAUCGGUGUGUUUAUCAUCUUGGGCGUGUUUAGGGUGUAUGUUUGGAGAACACAUCAUCUCCAGUCAAGACUCAAACAACAACGUUUGAUGCGUCAGAGUAGCGGUGGUACACUGUCAACAGGCGGUGGAAGUGGUAGUGGUGGCGGCGGGAUCUAUCAGUCACGUCGAAAGGAUAGUAUAGUCGACCCGAUACUUCUCAUCAAACAGAUGAUCAACACCAAGCCAAAACGAUUUGCCGAUAUAUUCCCCGAGGAACUUAAAGAGUUGGCCAAACGUCGUGUCAAUGUAUUACACGAAAAGGAUCCAUUCAAGAUUUCUAGUUUGUUCCCCUUGAUGCGACGAUCCAGUACGUCAUCGGCACUGUCCACAUCAAGAGGGAUUUCGACGCCACCAGGACUCGACCACCCCGGCAGCAACAGUCUCAACAAGAAAAAGGUGACCAUGUUUAGAACACCCCAAACUCUUAGAGGAAGCCAAAUGCUUCAAAAAGAACCGUCACCACUUGCACUUUCACCACCAACCGUGCUACCAGCCUCUCCUGUCGGUGCGGGUGUAUUGGUCGACCCAAUCAAUUUAAAUAAUCCAAUCAAUGAUAAUAAUAGUAGUGCUCCCGAUAAUGUAAUCAUUCCAAAUUUUAUAACUGAAAAGGAAAUCAAUCAAUCUAAAAAUCAACAACAACCACAACAACAGAAUAAUAAUGAUGAAGAUAAACCAAAGAUUGAACCAUACGAAUUUGAUAGUAGUAGUAGUAGUAGUAGUGAUGAAGAUUUUGAAGAGGAAUCAUCAUCAUCAUCAUUUCAUAAUAUAAAUGUUGAAAAGAAUAGUAAUAAUAAUAAUAGUCGUCAUCAUUAUUUUAAUCAUUCAUCAUAUUCUGGAUCAACUACAUCACCAAAAAUACAACCAUCUGUUGAUUUUGGAUUGGUUGGGUUGGCAUUGUCAGGUGGAGGUAUUCGUUCGGCAACCUUUAAUUUGGGUCUCCUUCAGGCAUUGGCAAAACACAAGUUUUUUAGAAAGGUGGAUUAUCUUUCGACGGUUAGCGGUGGUGGAUUUAUUGGAUCGUGUUUGAUAUCACUUCUCAGUGAAGGUACGCAUACUUCGGAAUGGAGUAACUUUCCAUUCCACUAUAGCCGUGGAAUGAAGGAGGGUGUACCACUCAAACAUCUUCGAAACUCUGCCAACUACUUGGCCAAUGGUAUAUUUGAAUUUAUGCUGUUUCCAGUACUCAUUUUACGUGGUAUCGUUUUAAAUCUCAUCUCGAUAUUCCCUUUUGUAUGGGCGCUUUUACUCUUUGAGCGUUAUGUACCCAUCAUUCAAGCUCGUGGUAGUUAUUACCUCACUCUGCGAAUCGCCUGGAAUCUACUGGUUCACAUUGUUAUUUUCCCACUAAUAUCUAGACCCAAGGUGACGAUACCGGCGAUCGUCUUCUUUUUGACCAUCUACCACUCGGACAUUUCACAGUACUUUUCGGGUGUUAGAAACAUUGAGAUGAUCAUCUCGCUCGUACUACAUCUCUACCUCAACCACCCUUGGUUAUUACGCAAAGAGGACAGCAAGGUAUGGUAUGAUCGAUCGUUUGGUUGGCUAUUCAUCCUCCUCAUCUCGAUGGGGUUUGUCGAGUCGCUCCCAAUCAUUGAACGUCACUAUCUUUACUAUUUCGGCAGCAACGAUCAAUCGUUCCGAGUGUAUCCUCUCAUCUCCCUUUUUGCGCUCAUUCUAGCCGAUUCGUUGGCAUUUACAUUGCUCACCAAUCCCAAGAUCUCACCCGUCAAACGUCUCGUAUUCCACAUUAUCGUCUCUGUCAUUGGUCCCAUCCUCCUCAUCUUGACCUACUUGGAGCUGGGUGUCUGGCUCGAUCCAAACGCACCUGUUUUUGGCCUGGGAAACGGUAUUUGUUUCUUUGUCUCGAUGCUCUCCUUUUUUACAAUGGAUAUCAACGAAACGUCAAUGCACAAGUACUACAGAGACCGUCUUUCCAAGGCCUACAUGUUUAGCAUUCGAAACGGCAGAUUCAGACCAUACGGUGGCGAAAAGGUAUCACGUAUCAACCGUCGAUCGAUCGCACCCUACCUCAUCAUCAACACGACACUCAACUAUACGACCAGCGAGACUGAUGACAAGACUGAUAUUGGCAUGCCAACCGAUACUCGAGGAUCCGACUUUUUCAUCUUUUCGCAGCACUAUGUCGGGUCAGAGAGUUGUGGAUAUCGUUCAACCGAACAAAUGGAAAAGCUUGAUCGUCGUCUUGAUCUCGCCACAGCAGUCUCCAUCUCGGGUGCAGCUGUAGGAACAAAAAUGGGAACUGCUACCAUUCCAACACUCGUCCUAUCUCUUGGUAUCCUCAACAUUCGUCUUGGUUAUUGGUUACCCAAUCCUUUGGGUAUUUUCCUCCGUCAUCCUCAUCUUGGUCGUCUCUUUUAUGGUGGUUUUGCUUGUUAUCAUCUUGUCAAGGAAUUUGGUUGGACUCAUAUGACUAGCAAGGAUUGGUGUAUUAAUCUAUCAGAUGGUGGUCACAUUGAAAACCUUGGUGCUUAUGAAUUAAUUAAAAGAAGAUGUAAAUAUGUUAUUAUGAGUGAUUCAGAAGCUGAUCCUGAUAUGACUUUUCCAAGUAUGGCACAAUUAAUGAGAUUAGUUAGAAUUGAUUUUGGAAUUAAUAUUCAAAUUAAUUUGGAUGAUAUUAGAAGAUCGGAAAAUGGAUAUAGUUCAAAACAUUGGACAGUUGGAAAAAUUAUCUAUCAAAAGAAAAAACAAUUCUCUAAUCUCUCUACUAGCAACAACUAUCAAGAUAGUGGUGAUUCAUCGGAUGUUCCACCUAGAGGUGAAGUAGGAUACAUUCUCUAUAUUAAAUCUUCAUUGACAGGUGAUGAAGAUGAAGUUAUCAAAGAAUAUCAUUCACAACAUCCUUCUUUUCCACAUGAAUCAACUACUGAUCAAUUCUUUACUGAAUCUCAAUUUGAAGCAUAUAGAAGUCUUGGUUAUCAUAUUGCAGGAUCAACAUUAUUUGGACCAAAACAUAAUAGAUUAUUUGAUGGAGAAGAUGUUGAAUCAUUUUUUGAAAGAAUCUAUCAAUCUUGUCAAGGAGAGUUACCAUCUGGAUGGCAAGAGAAAAAGGAUGACAGUGGUGGUCAAUACUUUGUCCAGAAUGAAACCAAAAAGUCAACACUCAACGAUCCUCGUCUAAGAAGUAAAAAGACAGCAUCAACACCUGAAAAUGUACCUCUUGGCAUGAGUAAAUCAAUGGAGAAUGUUAGAACUACCAACACUCCUCCACCACCAGUCAAUAUUACAGCCCCUGCAGGCAACAGUGAAUCACCAAUAUCAACCUCUUCAAAUACAAAAGGAAUAAAUAAUUUUGAUGUCUUGACCUAA